AUGGCAAACUUUCGGCUCUUCAUUUUUCGAACUAACGACAAGUUUAUGCAUGACAUUUCUCAUGUUGAUAUGCGCAAGGCCUGCAGUGUGAAGCUUGACUCUACAUUAAGAUUUGAAGGAGUGUCUGAUCUAAAUCUAAGCUAUAUGAGUUCUGCAUCGUGUGUUACAUCCACAAAAGAUCAUCUCCAGAGAAGCAGUAGGGAUGGCUUCACUCUCAUUAGAAUCGGCUUUAAUCGAUCUUCAGAAAGCUCCCAUCCGAAAUCUGUAGGUGACGUUGCUUGGCGAAGCAACUCUUCUGACAGGAAUCGUGCAAGAUCUGCUUUGUUUUCUGGCAAUGCAAAGACGUUUGACCAGAACUUUGGAAGAGAUCGUUUUGUGGUCAAAGAGCAUGUGAAAAUUCUAAAAUUUCACAGGUUUCCAACAAAUGAUGAAUCAAAGAAGAAAACCUGGACGGCUCUAAUCAACAAAGGAAGAGUUGGUUCUGUUCCCAGUGAUGGAAGUAGGAUUUGCUCGAAUCAUUUUUCUGAUGGAAAGCCUACAGCCAGAAACCCAAACCCUACUCUUUGGCUAACUGUACAGGACAAUCGACCAAACCAGAGUGUUGUUCGAAGGUCUUCACCAAGGAAAAGGGGGUUUCAAACAACGAUAGGUGGGGCAGCCUCGGCAUCUUCAGAGGAGCCGGAAAAUGCAGAUAAGCAAGAAUCCUCGAUUAUUCUCCCUGUUCCAAUGAAAUUUGAGCAGCUUAAUAGAGAAUUUGAUGUUCGCUUCUGCACUGGUUUGGAAAUUGUAGAAACAUUUAAGGCUAUUUUUGAUUAUCUGCACCCAAGAAGUAGAUUGAUGAAAUACUGGGAAGGCCCUAAAAGAGCAUUCCAAAAGCAGAAGUCUGAUGUUUACCAGCAGCGAGUGGAUCAGAUUCUGUCUUCAUCUGUGUAUGCAGAAGGCGAUAUACUGCCAAUAAACAGAAAGGGGCCAGAAAGGAAACUCUGUUUAGAACAGGAGUAUCUUUUAGUUUUGAUGCGGUUGAGGCUAGGCCUUUUUGUCAAAGACCUAGCGUUUAGAUUUCAAACAUCUACCACUCGAGUGUCCCAGAUCUGGAUCACCUGGAUAAAACUGCUGUCCAAAGAAUUAAGAAACUUAAUAAUCUGGCCAUCCAAAGGUCAAAUAAUUGCAACGUUGCCUGAUGCAUUCAAGCGCCUUUACCCCAAGGUUCGCACCAUAAUCGAUUGCACAGAGGUUUUUGUCGAGAACUCAAGCUCUCUUGAAGUUCAAGCCAUUUUGUGGAGUGAUUAUAAGCACCACUGCACAGUUAAAUUUUUAGUUGCAAUUACACCUAAUGGAGCAAUUUCAUGGGUAUCCCCAUGUUUUGGAGGUCGUACCACUGACCUAUAUAUUGUGCGGUAUUCAGGCUUUUUGGAUCUUCUUGAACCUUACGACACUGUGAUUGCUGACAGAGGAUUUAAGAUAAAGUCAGACUUACUAAUGAAAAGAUGUUUCCUUGCAAUACCACCUAGUGCUGCUAGAGGCACUCAGAUGACACAAUCCGAAAGAACAACUAAUCGAGUUGCAAAUGUUUGGAUAUUUGUUGAGAAAGCCAUUGCCAGGGUCAAGUGGUUCCAUAUUCUCAAACGUGAAAUGUCGCUUCUAGAAAUGCCAUUAGUAGAUGAUAUUGUUGUUACGUGUUGUGCUCUGGUAAAUCUAUUACCCCCACUAGUUGAAUAA